UUCUUCUAAUACCAUCAGAUGUUAACACAGUGCCGCAGACGGAGACUAAAGUAAACUUUCAGGUCGGACUUGCAAUUACGACGUCGUAGGACUGUUUAUCAUGGCUGCAUUCGUGAACCAGCUCAGUGCAGAUCUUCAGACAUGAUUUUAAUUUCUUUUGUAGCGUAAAGAUUUCAACAGAAACCAUUGAGAAUGUCAUACUUUCUCAUUUAAGCAUUACUAAGGAUGUUGGCCAAACUGCCCUUUAGUUAAAACACAGUGCUCCAAUUGUCCUAAUUUAUAUCCGCUGUGAUUCAUUAAGUGAAAAGGAAAGAAUCGCUCGAAGUAAGGAAGGACAUCAUCUGUCUGACUGCGCCCGUGACUGAAUGUACGGUGUACAUGGUGAAGACUGUUCACGAUGAACACGUUGUACACCAGCUUUAUUUUCCUAAUAAGUCUGUGGAAAGGUUUCUGUGCCAAAUCUGAUAACAACUGUAUUAAAAUUGAGCUUGUUGACAAUCCCUCUAAAUACAACAUAAUCACAGUGGAGGAAAACAGUGAUGUAAGCCUGACAUUCUCUAUCAACACUCAAGCUUGCCCUCAGAGCGCACCACAAUGCAUACUGAAGCUGUCAGCCAUUGAACAAGGACUUUAUCUCGAUAAAUGCAAGAUUCCCUUUGUGAACAUGACCUGCCAAGAAAGAACGAGUCAAGAUUCGUGCUCUUGCUUAAACACCGACAUACCACGUGUCCAGUUCCGACAGUCGUUCAAUGGGUCUCAUUACAAAGUUUACCUUUGGAGAGGGAUUCGGUGUUCUGAUGCUACUCUCAAUGAGGUGGAGCUUUUGAGAAUAGUCUUCGUGAUUGUCAAAACACCGCUGCGCCCUAAACAAGAUGUCAGCAGUAACAUUCCCAAGUAUUUGUCCAGGUACAAGAUCAUCACCGCUAACGAGAAAAGUGUUGUGCGCCUUACAUUUAACAUCAGCGAGGAUACUUGUCAAAACAUCAGUAAGAUGUGUGUCAUCAAACUCAUCACAUAUGACACAGGCCUAGUGACAGACAUUUGCACAGCUCUUAUCGAUAAUGGAACGUGUACAGAUGUAGAUAUGAACAAAUCUUGUGCCUGCGAAAAUUCUGCAACCGGAAGUGUCAUCAGCUACAGCGGAUCUGUUACCUUCUCAGAGUCUGAUUAUAAAAUAUACUUUUGGAAUGCAAUUAUUGGGAACUCUUCUGAAACAAUGAAGCAAGAAGAAAUAAUGUUCGUGAUUCGUGAGUCUGAGUCGAAACAAGACAAAACAGAAGAAAAGCUGGAUUCCAAAUGCUCGUGUCACGAUCUGCUGCUCAUCAUCGUUCUGAGUUGCUGUGUUUUCGUUGGUACUACCAUCAAUGUCAUCUGUCUCGUCAGACGCCGUAGUCGAGGUGUUCAGGUAGAGAUUGUGGGCGAAUUUUCAAGAAACAAAGUCAUUACAGUGGAAGAGAACACUCCCAUCAAUGUGACAUUUUAUAUCAACAAUCAAGCUUGUCAAAACAGACAAUUACACAUCUUAAAGAUGUCAUACGACAGAGAACACUCGUCCACUGAAGAAUGCAUCAUUGAGCUCAGACGAGGGAUGUGCAGUAAGAAAAAAAGUGAACAACCAUGUUCUUGCCUAAACACUGACAAAGCUAUCGUCCAGUUCUAUAAAGCCUUUAAUGAGUCGGAGUAUAAAGUCUACUACUGGACAGAGAGGGCGAACACAGUCAAGCUGAAAGAAAUUAUCUUUCUCAUCCGAAAACCAAACAUACAAAAGAACUGCACAGCUAAUCCAGGCAAUGAUACAAAACACACGGAGCAGUACAAGGGUGUAUGUCUCAGUCUCAUACACAUCGUCAUCGCAGGUCCGUCUGCCGCUGUUGUUGCUGCUGUUAUUGCUGUUGGUAUCGGUUGUCUCGUCAGAGAAAGAUGCAAAACCACAGAAGUCAGAGCAUCAUCUCAAGAUGUCCCAGCCACAGAAGUAGUAGAAGUGUCACAGCCAAGGGGAGAGAGCAAGAGACGAGAGAAGCGUGUAAAGACGAAUCAUGUCUAAAGGAUACAACGCUGUCUACCUGUCCAACUCACUGACAUUUUACUUAUUAUGUUGAAAUUCUUUCACUCACAAUCUGUACAUCCGUUGGUGAUCGUCAAAAAAUAUCAUACAGUAGAAUAAACUUUACAGCAAAAAAGAAAAAAAAAUCGUACAACCAAGACAGAAAUUUGUAGUUAAUGGUUUCUUACUCUAACUGCAGGAAGAAGUUUUUUGUGGCUAUGCAUGUUGGCAUGUUGUAAAGUGUUUAUAAAUAUAUUAAAUGUAAAGCAAGA